AUGGCGGUCCUCGCUUCGUCCCUGUCCGUGUCCUCGCGCUUGGCGAUGCCGUCCGCGGCGAUGACGGCAAGCAGUAGCAAGCUGAGCGCCGCGAGCUCGUUCGCGCCGAGCGUGAAGCACAGCUUCGGGUGCUCCGCGCCGAGCAGCCGCGUGGUGAUGGCGGCGGCCGCCGCCGGGAAGGACAAGCCGAGGGACGGCUCUAAGGAGCCCGCGCAGGAGACGCUUCUCACGCCGCGCUUCUACACCACCGACUUCGACGAAAUGGAAGCGAAUGCGAGAGCUAAUCAUUCUUACUUCUCCUUCUCCUUCUCCUUCCACACACCCCCUUUCCCCCCGCUGCCUCGCGAUCCGCCGCGCUUCCGCCCCUUGCAGCUGUUCAACCGCGAGAUCAACCCGUACGUGAACCAGGCGGAGUUCGACGCGUGUCUGGAGGAGUUCCGCGCGGACUACAACCAGACGCACUUCGUGCGCUCGCCCGAGUUCAAGGAGGCGGCCGACAAGAUCCAGGGCCGCGCGCGCGAGAUCUUCGUGGAGUUCCUCGAGCGCUCCUGCACCGCCGAGUUCUCCGGCUUCCUGCUCUACAAGGAGCUGGGCCGCCGCCUCAAGAAGACCAACCCGUGCAUUGCGGAGAUCUUCACGCUCAUGUCGCGCGACGAGGCGCGGCACGCGGGGUUUCUGAACAAGGCGCUGUCGGACUUCAACCUGUCGCUGGACCUGGGGUUCCUGACCAAGGCGCGCAAGUACACCUUCUUCAAGCCGCAGUACAUCCUCUACGCCACGUUCCUCUCGGAGAAGAUCGGCUACUGGCGCUACAUCACCAUCUGCCGCCACCUCAUGGCGAACCCCGAGUUCGCGUGCUACCCGAUCUUCGGCAAGUUCGAGAACUGGUGCCAGGACGAGAACCGGCACGGCGACUUCAUCACGGCCAUGCUCAAGUGCUACCCCAAGUUCCUGACGGCGUGGGACUCGAAGCUGUGGGCGCGCUUCUUCUGCCUCUCCGUGUACGUGACCAUGUAUCUCAACGACCACCAGCGCGGCGCCUUCUACCGCAACCUGGGGCUGGACGUGAAGCAGUUCGACCUGCACGUGAUCAAGGAGACGAACCGCACGUCGGCGCGCAUCUUCCCCGCCGUGCUCGACGUCGAUAACCCCGAGUUCGAGCGCAAGCUGGACCACCUCGUGCGCCUCCACGAGAGCAUCAUCGCCGUUGACGCCAACCAGGGUGCGCCCGAGCUGCUGCGGCGCGUGCAGAAGCUGCCGCUGCAGGCGGCGUUUGUGGGCGAGCUGCUCGCCAUGUACCUCAUGCGCCCCGUCGACGCGGGCUCCGUCGAGUUCGACCAGGAGGAGGCGCGCAUCGUCUAUUGA